GCCUGUUGUCUUCACCUGCGUCCCAAUACUCCAAUUUCCCCUUCGUUCAAGUUUUUAGCGACCCCACCACCUCCGCGGGACUCCGGCAGGAAGUUCGUAGCAAUGGCCAGCUUAGUCCGAGUUGCCGCCGCUCAAAUGACAUCUGUUAAUGACCUCGCCUCUAACUUCGCUACUUGCUCGCGUCUAGUAAAGGAAGCUGCUUCAGCUGGUGCAAAAUUGCUUUGUCUUCCUGAAAAUUUCUCUUAUGUGGGUGUCGAACAAGGGGACAGUCUUAAAAUUGUUGAGCCACUGGAUGGACCCAUUGUGACAGGAUACUGUUCUCUUGCAAGAGAGUCGAGCAUUUGGCUGUCACUUGGAGGAUUCCAAGAAAAAGGGAGUGAGGAUGCACACUUGCGUAAUACUCACAUACUAAUUGAUGAUGCUGGAAAUAUUAGAAGUACAUACAGCAAGAUGCAUUUGUUUGAUGUGGAUGUUCCUGGAGGUGCGGUUUACAAGGAAAGUAGCUUCACAGAACCAGGAAAGGACAUUGCUGUGGUCGACAGCCCCUUUGGGCGAAUAGGACUGACAGUAUGCUAUGAUUUGAGAUUUCCUCAGCUCUAUCAGCAUCUACGAUUUCUCCAUGAUGCACAGGUUUUACUUGUGCCUGCUGCUUUCACAACUGCAACUGGUCAGGCACACUGGGAAAUUCUUCUCCGUGCUCGGGCGAUCGAGACACAAUGCUAUGUCAUAGCUGCUGCUCAAGCAGGAAAUCAUAAUGAAAAAAGAGAGAGUUAUGGUGACUCUUUAAUAAUAGAUCCAUGGGGAACAAUAAUUGGGAGAUUGCCAGAUCGUUCUUCAACAGGAAUCUGUGUUGCAGAUAUUGACUUAUCAAUGAUUGGUGCGGUUCGCACAAGGAUGCCUUUAUCUCUGCACCGCAAGCCUGAUGAUUUCUGGAAAUAGGCUUCUUCUUUUUUACUAAGGCCCUCUUUGUUUUUUCAAUGUGUCUGCCUCUAAGUCAUAUUUUGUGUUAAAUUUGGUGUAUUAUUAAUCAUUGCUAUAUGAUUUUUUCCUCAAGCUUUUCCACUCAUUUGUAUUUGUAAUAAUAGUAAUAAGUAAUACUCCGUACUAGUAAUAAUAACCUCAUCACCUGCUGUCUAAAGAGUUCUCAUUUCUGUAUUUGAUAUUUCACUUUUCAUAGAUUGGAAAUUAGAGGCCGUUUGGCACGUCCAAAUGGGCUGAAAAGCGUAAAAUGAGGCAAAUUUAAUUUGUG